AUGCGGGGUGACGUCUCGGGGUGUUUUCGGUUUUUCCAGCAGUUGAGAAGCCAGCCUGUUUUUGCGUGGGUGGGCGCCGCCGCGUCAGGCAGCCUCGCUUCCUUUCGGUCUGCGUGUGCCGCCGCAGGAUCGACGCGUGCCAGGUGCGCACACACGCAAUCGCAUCCGCCUUCCUGGUCGCGAGACUCUGCGCCUCCCGAUCCUUUUCUGUUGCUCGGCUUGAAAACCGAGGCGCCCACUGCACGCGAAGUGCGCUUGGCGUAUCUAAAUCUAGCCAAAAAACUCCAUCCAGAUCGAGCUUCCGCAGCGGCAUCGAGCCAUCCACCGGCUUCACGCGACCUCCCAGCUGUCCGCAAGAACAGAGUCACCACUUUUUUCUCUAUCUCGCCGCUGGGAAAACUGACGUUUGAAGACGUGCAGUGGGCAUACGAGACAGCACUCGCCUGUCUCGAAGCAGCCAAAGAAGACAGGCACUCUGCAGCUGGAGUCUGGUCAGUGCACGGGCGGCCCUUUCGUCCGCAGACAGGCAGGUGGCAUCCUCAUAGCCACACUGGCAAGAGUGCUGGCAAACAGGAGCGGGAGAGAACCGCGCGCCUGCGGGACUGGAAGGCGCAGCAACGUGAAACCGCGGCGUUCUGGCGCCACCGGCACGCACUCGCGUCAGCCAGCCAAGCAGACAGACGCAGCGAAGAGAGCGAAAUUUUUCGCAGGCUGCUUCGCCAGCGACUCAGGGACGAAGAGGCUUCGCAGCUGAGCCAACGCGACAGGCUCUCUCGGGUGGCUGCUGACGACCGCACUCGCUUCGGAGCGAAGCACGGCGUCCCAGACGCUUCACGCGACACCCCGUGGAGCGACGACGACUUUGCGCGCCUGCAGCGCGAGGAGUUAGAAGAACUAGGUAUUUCCACAGCGACUGCUGAGAAGUUGAACUUGCUGGGACCGCAGCUCCCACGCAGCGCGUAUGCCUCCUCCGACGCAAACUGCCACCGGACCACGUUCCGCAGCCAGAAAACAAAGACUGCCAUUCUCUUGUGCGGUGCCGUGGGUGGAGCCGCCGUGGCGGUUCAACUGCUACUGCUUCCUACGUUUAGUGACACCCAAAAGUAA